UCUACACCUGCAGCUUAAAAUGUAAUUUAUAUUUAAAGUGCCGUUUUUGAAGCAUUGCGUGGCUGUUUGAAUUUAGCAAUGGAAGAUCCUGACAUGAUCUGCCACACAUUCCCUUGAUUCGGGUGAGAGACGAUGACUGAGGCGGAACAGCGCCCUUCUGUAGCAGUAGGAAAGGUUCAAGUCAUGCAAAACAUCGCAGUAAGCAGGAUAUGCAGUUUAACAAGGGGAAGUGGCUCAGAGAUUAGUCUCCUUCCGUCAGUAAAUGCACCUGCCCUUUUCGCUUUGGCGCUUCGAUAUGAAAACCGUGGAUGACUUAGUAACUACCUUUGAAUACAUGUCAGUUAAAUAGUAAUUAUAAGAACUCAUAUUGGUUCAUAUAGGUUCAGUUAAUCAUCACACGCCGUGUCUUACAAUUGUACACCCUUUACAGAGAAGCCAGGAAAAAUAACGUAUCGAGUGGAGGAGGACUUGGGCUAAUUGUGCGCACAUCGUGUUGAUGUUCUUGCUGUUGGUAAAGUGGUACGUGCAUAAGGGGAACGGUGCGUUUGAGCUCCCUCCGCCAUGGAGGCCAAUGGCAAGUUUGACUUUACGGCUACCGCUGAGGACGAGCUGAGCUUUAAAAAAGGAGACACGCUCAAGAUCCUAGGGACCAACGAUGACUGGUUUAAGGCAGAAAUGCACGGCCAAGAAGGUUUCGUGCCCAAAAACUACCUCAGCAUUGACCUCCCCAGCUGGUUCCAAGAGAACACCGGCCGGCACGAGGCCCAGGAGACCCUCCUCUCCAGGCCCGUGGGCUCCUUCAUCAUCCGCGGCAGCCAGAGCUCCCCGGGAGACUUCUCCAUCUCCGUCAGACACGAAAAUGACGUGCAGCACUUUAAGGUGAUGCGGGACAGCCGGGGUCAGUACUACCUGUGGACGGAGAGGUUCACGUCCAUCAACAAAAUGGUGGAGUACUACACAAAGAGCUCCAUCUCCAAACACAGUCGCAUCCUCCUGCGGGACACCGACCAGCAGCCUCACGGUUUUCGAGGGCCUCCGGAGCCAGUCCCCCCUCAGCAGAGUUUCAGAGGACUUCCAGAGCCGGUUCCACCUCAACAGAGUUUCAGACUUCCAGAGCCAAGUCCACCUCAACAGGAGCGAGGACGCAGCACAACGAGGAGCUUCGGCGCUCUGCCCCCCCGCCCGUCCGAGCCCCUGCCCCCUCCUCAGCCAGCCACGUUGAAGGUAAAAGCCAUGUACGACUUCUCGGCAGAGGAGAAGGACGAGCUUGACUUCGGCAGCGGAGAUGUGAUCGAGGUUCUGGACCAGACGGACCCAUCCUGGUGGAGGGGGAGACUCCGAGGUCGAGAGGGUCUCUUCCCCUCCAACUACACCACACCUCUAUGACCCUGUGACCCGGCCCGUUUAUGGUCUCUUUCGAGGAGCAAAGAGAUUUGCCGGAUUUCUUUCCUCUUUGUUGUUGUUGUUGUUGUUGUUGUUGUUAUCUAUUCCCAUUUCAAAACAAAGUCACAGUCCAUGAUCUCUCAUCCAAGGUUUCUUAGCCUAUUUGUACCUCUGUCGCAUUUUCAUGUUUCAAUAAAAUGUAUUUUUCUGAGAG